GAGGGAGCUGGUGACGUUUGCGGCCCUGGCGUCGUGCGCAGUCGGGCCAAACGCGGCGACAGGCUCGGGCCGGUGUGGGAGCUGAGAAGUUUCCCGCCGAGUGGUCGCCAGACACCUUUGCCGAGUUGUGGCGGCCGGGCGGGGUCGCAGGGCCGUGGAGGCAGGGAGCCAGGUCGGCCGCAGGCCCGGCCGGGGCGCUCGCCCUCCCCGUCCUUUUCUCCAUCCCCUCCCCUUCCCCACGCUCUGACCCCAAAGCGAGCGACGAUUGCCCAGCAGGUCACUGUGAAGUUGGGACGCGUGAGUUGGCAGAGAUGAACUCUUACUGCAGUGGACACCAACCCAGAGACGGCUAAACGAGCAUUCCCGAAGUCCUGCACUCCGCUGACCAGUCCACUGAAAUUAAAAAGAGAGAGAAGAAAAGUCAACAGGAAACUUUGUAGGACUGCUGUAAAAGAGGAAAAUGUACCAUUGACGUAUAAGAAAUAUGGAACUUGGGGAAUAUGUGAAACAGAAAGGACCAAAUGGAAGCAAAAACCUAUCAGACUUGAAUAGCAGAUUCCACAUACAGUAGAAGAAAGACUGAAGAUAAAUGAACCCAUGAACGUUUGUCACUCAGUGGCUAUUUGAGUGCAGUGUUGAGAAGGCGUGUGAAGACUUACCCCAGUGGAUUUAGAUGCCGGGUGAAAUUACACUAACAUCUUCCCCUGUUCUACUGAUUAUAAUUGAGAAGAUUCUGCCUUAUCCGCAGUCCUUCUUGGCAGACCUACAGUUGUCCCUUGAACAACAUGGGUUUGAAUUGUGUGGGUCCAUUUAUACACGGAUUGUUUUCAAUAAAUAUACAAAAAUAUAUGUGUAGAACAUCGUGUGCAAGACUUAUAUUGAAGUGGAUAGCCUAUCCUUACACAGAAAUAGGAAUUACAGAGGGAAGGAAGAAUGAAAUGGGGUCAUCGGCAUCUUCCUGCAGCUCUGUAAAUCUGUCGACGAUUGCCAAACUCAGAAAGCCAUGUGAAAGGAGAGUGAGUCAGAGUAAGGAGGAUCAGAGGAUAUCUCUGACAGUCGUUUCUGGCUCUCAAUCUGAAGAUUUAGCCGUUAGUACUGACUGGCCAUGGCCAUGGUGCUGAGCCUGGACCUCCUGCUCAUUUGUCAUCCAGGACAGCGGUGACAGUGUGGGAUGCUGCAUGGCACCUGUACAGUUUUCCCAGCACCACUUAUUGAAGAGGCUGUCCUUUCUCCACUGUACAUUCCUGCCUCCUUUAUCAAAGCACAAGAUGCCAAAGAUCUAUUCAACGUAUUUUCCACUCAGACCUGGAAUCAGUCAGUUUCACAAGGAGGAAAAUUAAGUUCUGAGACCAGAAUCGAAGCCCCAGAAGUGGUCAUUGCUAUCAAUUUGUUUUUGCUUCUGGAGCUGCUCAGUGAACAGGAACGAGAAACCAUGACAGAGCACGGCCUCAGCCGGAGUCUUCUGCAUUUUCUCAUCUGCAAUGAGGAGAAACUGAAAAAUAUGGCUUCUACCCACAUUCAAAAAGCAGAUCAAGACUCUACUGCUUUGUCUGCUUGGAGAUGGGGAGUAGAGGCACCAGCAGGUGACAUCAUAUGCUGGAGCAUCAGGGUAGGAGGCUGUGCCUCUUUCCUCCCGAAGUACAGCACGUCCCACUCUCUUGAUGUGACCGCACGAUGUCAGCGUUCAUUCCAGGUUAGAAUAACGUGGAAACGGCGCCUCCUACACAACACGUCUUUCUUCAUGUUUCAUCAGGAUGAGACCCAGAUUCAAAGAGAAGUGAAGUGA